CGCGUGCCGGUCGUGCAAGAGAGGAGAGCGCGAGAGAGGCCCACCGUCAACCUGGCCUAAUACCGUAUCAUAUAUACACAUUAUAUGCAGCAGCAGCAGCUGACGUUAUAGUAGCUUGUAUACACACACACCGUAUAUAUGGACGCGCGUGCUCACAACCUAUAGCGCAGCAUACAUUAUAGAGCUCGAUUUCUGUCUGCGUGCGUUAUAUAUCCCCAAACACUGUGUUCGGUGGAUCGCGAAUAUAAUCGCCGAGAGUGUAUUUUAUAUAGGCUCGUGACCCGUGCAGUGUCUUCGCGCGUGUAUGUACCUGUGCGUGCGUGAGUGUGCGAUACACGACUUCGACUCGCACUCUAAAUUUACACACUUGUUUUUGUGUGUGUGUGUGUGUGCGUGUAUGAACCAGCGAAUCGUGCGAUUCAUCGGCCGAGAGAACUCAACAGGUGAGAGAGAGAGAAGCAACAGCGAAAACAAGACGCACACAAAAGUUUCUGCCCGCCCGCGUCGUCGUCUUUGGUGUAUAACCGAAUAAAUCGCUUCUUUCGAAUUUCGAACGCAUGACGCUGCGCCGUCUGCCUUUUGAAUUGUCGUCGAGCUCGCAGCAGCAGCAGCAGCAGCACGUUGUUGUGCAGUAGUGCGACUGUUGCAUUCCACGCGCGCGCUUCUUCACAGCGACGUUGUUGCAAUAAGUCAUAUUGUGCGUGAGUGUGUGUGUUUACUUUGCAGUGGCCCCGUGUUUUAUUUAGGUGUUUUUAUUACUACGGCAGAGUGUUUGGCUGCCCUGCAACUGUGAGUGCCCGUGAUCGAAGUACGUUCGGUGCGUGUACCGCUGCUACGCGCGUUCGGCAUCAUUGGCUCGUCACACGUGACGUACUACGAUUGUGCGAGAGCGGCACAGUAUACUACAGCGACUUUCGCCAAUAUCAGCGGCAGCAGCAGCUUUAGUAGCAGUUUUGUAAAAGUGCGAACGACAAAACAACACGACACAGCUCUUCGGCGAGCAUCGUAGCGCAUCGACGACAGCCAGUGUCAGUGACAUCUUAGCUCGCCGCCGCUUGCUUAUAUAUCGUACGGAGCAGCACACUGCACUGCUACAACAGUAUAUACUAAUACUACACACACUCUCUCUCAUCGGCUUGACCUCGCGCGCUGCGAUUCGUUUUCUCUUCUCUUCGUCUUCUUCUCAUUAUCGGUAUCUCGAGUGGCUGUGUGUAUACGUGUGCCUGUGUAUGUGCACUCAAGUUAUAUAUACGUGCAUAUAUAGUAGUGAACGUGUGCAUAUGUGCGCGGAUUAUCGCAGUGCUGCAGUUUUUCCCCACUGAUCGAGCCCUCCGGUCCUCCAACUGUACAGCAGUAAAGCGCGUAUAGUUAUAUAUAGGCAGUGUGAUCUCAGUGCUCAGUGUGGCCCGCGCCAUUGUUUGCAUCGUCGUCGUGUCUGUGUGUUAUAUAUGUGUGUGUCUGUGUGACAGUCGAUAUAGCAGCAGCAGAUCGGUCCACCGGGAGAGCAGCUUCCCUCGCCUCCUCACCUCGUCUCGUCUCAAGUUGGAGACUUUCCAGUAAUUGAGAAUAAAUCUAAAAAAGAACUCAUCAAAAAACAUACCAAGAAUGCAAAAGGAACAGUUCUAUAAUUACGUUUAUUUCUUUAUCGAUCGUUUCUGGUUUUAGACUGAACUUCAACAUCAUAUGGUUUCUUGGAGUUUUUGGCUGUGAGGCGAUAUCGAUCUGAAGGACCUAGUUAUUCAAAAUGAUGACGUCUCAACGCUGAAUAAGGACAAACGAGCAGUGACUGCCCUCCCUCUUAUACAUCCAGCUACCCCACGUAUACCAGUGAGAUGCCCCUGGAGGCUGGCUAGAAGAUCGUCGUCACACAGGAAGCACCAAGCACGGCUGUUUUACAGAUUUUUCCCGAAUGAGACCAUAAAUCACUUAUUCAGACGACAAAGCUUCAUGCUAGUACAAAAAAAAACGAAGAUGGGUCGGAGUCUGAGCUGGGCGUGGCUCGUGCUACUGCUGGUCAGCAACUGCGUGGCCGAGAGCAAUUGGGGAGAAUGCGUACCCGCUUGCAAGUGCAUCUGGGUGUCCGGCAAGAGGAUGGCCGAGUGCAAGCAACAGAACCUCACGAGCGUGCCCAAGGGCCUGAAGAGCUUCCAACACCUCGAUCUGACGGGUAACAAUAUAGCCCAACUGCCGGAUCAGGCCUUCACUCGGGUCGAGCUGGACAACCUGCAGAAGCUCGUGCUGCGCGACUGCAAAAUCAAUUACGUGUCGAGCGAGGCCUUCAAGGGCUUGCUCAUCGUCAUCGAGAUCGACUUGUCCCAGAAUCACAUUCGUCAACUGAAACCAGGCACGUUCAACGACACGGUCAGACUGCGCGUGCUGCUUCUCAAUCAGAAUCGCUUGGAGAAGCUCGAAGACGACAUGUUCCACAAUCUGGCCUAUUUGCAAAAGGUCGAGCUGCGCGACAACCAGCUGAAGACGAUCGGACCCACGAGCUUUCGACAGCUCAGAUCGUUGCACACGCUGGCCUUCGACGGCAACAAUCUCACCACUCUGUCGAUGCAGAGCUUCGAGGAUCUCGGCAAGCUCGCCAGCCUCGAGCUGGGCCGCAACCCCUGGAACUGCGACUGCAAACUGAGAAGCUUCCGCGACUGGGCGAUACAGCAGAACGCCUACUCGAGGCCGACGGUGUGCGCCUCGCCGGCCACGAUCGCCGGCAAAGCCUGGGACGAGCUCGCCUCCGAGGACUUUGCCUGUCCGCCGGACAUCGAUCAGUUGGGCUGGCGCCAGACGCCCUCGGGCCAAGCCGAGCUCUGGUGCCGGGCGACGGGCGAGCCCCAAGCCCAGCCGACCUGGUCUCUGCACGACCGAGUCUUCCUCAACGGCAGCAGGCGGCCCGCCAUGGGCGGCGAUCAGGGCCACGUCGGCCGCUCGCCCUACAUGCUGUAUCAGCGCGACGGCUGGGCCAAUCUCAGCAUCACCGACCCCAGCGGCGCCGACCGAGGAGAGUACGUGUGCCAAGCGAGCAACGCCGCCGGCAGCGUCGCCGCCAAUCUCAGCCUCUCGGCGGAUCUGCUGCUCAACGGGCCGAGCACCACGCGCCGAGGACUGUCGGGCCUGCCGCUGGCUCUUGGUCUCGGCCUGGCGGCUCUGAUCUUCCUGCUAGCGGCCAUGAGCUUGUGCUUCUGCUAUUGCAAACGUCGCCGUCGCGGCCCGGGCCCCGACAAAGCCCAAGAAGCCGCCUCGCUCGACCAUCACGGUCUCGGCGAGCAGGAGAAGUCCUUGAUCACCGCGAUUAAUCCGGUGACCAAGCCACCGCGUCGUUACGAGGCGCCCUCGAUGACUCAGCACGGUACCGAGAUGACCGAGCUCAAUCGCACGCUCCUCGACAGCGACUCCGUCUACGGCGAGUAUCGAGCGGAACGCGAACCAGGCGGCGGCGGCGGCGGCGGCGGCCCACUGUCCAGUGCGCGCCGCGCGCUGCUCAACGCCGACGGCAGCAUAGGCAGUGUGCUCGGUGUGCUGGCCAACGGUCUGCGCGAUCAGGAGCACAGCCGUGCCGAGCUCGAUCCGCUUCUACUGAGCGGCAGCAUCAGCUCGGCCAUGGGCCACGUUGUCGUGCCCUCGCGCACGGCUACUCCUCAUCGGCAAUAUCCCCCGGAUCUGUUGGCGUUCCCGGGAGGCAGGAAUGCCUCGCCGACGAGCCAAGCUUCGACGGCGCCGGAUCACUCGCGGCUCUUGACGCCCGGCAGUCUCAACGGUACGCCGGCCUCGCCGCUCUACGCGCCUCUCGCCUUCAAGACGCUGCCGCACCCCGUGCGCUCGAGCUCCGCCACGCCUUACAGCAUGGGUCAGCAGUUUUACCCGUCGAUGCCUCGACACGGAUUCGUCACCAUACCACGAAGACCGAGAGCACCGAGUUGGAGCAGUCCAACUCCUGUAUCACCCACCCACGCAGAUACACUGGAACCUGUGUACGAUAAUCUAGGAAGGCGGACAACGGCGGAUGGUAGCUCUAUGCUGUCACUGAACAAGACUUCGGAGCCGAGGAUGUCGAUGCGUGGUCGACCUCUGCCAGCUACGCCAACACCCGGCAUUCACCCUGCUACGCUGACUUUGCCGCGAGCCCCGAGAUCUCGCAAGCCUGCGAUUCUAAUGCAGCAAGCGCAUUUGAAUCGUUCAGCGCCCGAGGGUGCGCCAGACUGGCCUGGCUUUAGCACGGGAGACAGCGUACCACUGGCGAGGCCAAAGCCCAUAAGGGCCACCUCGCCUCAGUCUCUGGUGAUUCAAGAAAGACCAGCAUCGCCUCAACCUUUGACAAAACUCGUCACGGACGAUUCGAUGGAACAAAACUCGGAGCGUUUGUCGCCUGUGCCAAGGUCGAUUCCAUCGCCAGCCCCGGCAACGCCACCGCCACCGUCGUCGGCCAUGUCCACCUCCAGCCCGAGCACAUUAACGCGGAAAGUGCCACCCAGGCCACCGCCUAAGCCUAAGAAGAAAAACAAUAAUGGACCUCUGUACGAAGACGAGGGUGAAGAUGGGACAGAGGUAUGAUUAUCGCGAUUGGUCGGUGAGCGCAGAUGAGAUCCAGAAGCGCCCCGGCCAAAACCACACAACUAUCGCGAGCAAGUGGUGCUCCGAGCCUCGCGGGAAAACUCGCGACUUGCAAUAAGGGACCGCUAGUGCCUUCUACAGCAGCGAUCCGAGCUGUACCGGUUAUGUUGACGUUAACGUCAAAGGGAAAUGUAGCUCGGCCUGUAGCGCUGUGCGUUUUCCAGCUCGACAUUUGAACUUACCAUCAUACACGCUGACUUCAGACUCUAUGUUAUGUCGCCCCACUUUCCUCCCUUCGCAUUCCUUCUCUGGAUCUUACCCAGGGCUUCCACUGUGACGUGUUAGCAACUAACUGACGGCUGCGCUCUUAAUCGAUAUGACAAUUUAUUUAGUCAUAAGCGAUGACUAGUAUAAUUACUGUGGAUAGUCUUGUAUACAUUGUAAAAUACGUCUACUCAAUUUUGCCUUUGCGUACAGAGCCCAUUCAUUGUUCCUUUUUUACGUUUACGUUUAUCAACAAUAUAUAAGUCGUGCAUAUUAUUUGCACUGGAACGACUUGCAGCUUUUAUGACUGAGUAUUGCUUUUCUACUACGAAUAGAUACAUUUUUAUACGUACAUAAAACUAUAUAUUAUAUUAUAUGGUCUAUGAAGAGAGAACGGAGAGAAACACGGAGAGUGUAAAAGAAAUAUGUAUAUUGGAUAUAUAGUGACAAGUGAAUUAAUUCGGGUAAUUUGUAUAUUUAAAUUUAAUUCCACGAGAGAUUUGAAAGUAUUUUCAAGCUUGCUCUCAAUGCUGCCAUGAUGAUGCGUUAUAUAAUAAUGAUUUUUUAAAUUUUAAUUAUAAAAAAUAUCUCUAACAUAUUUGUCGAACAAAGAUGCGCUGAUUAAUGAUAGUGAUAUGAUUUCUUUACUAAAAACUAGUGUACGCUUAACUAACAUUUGCCUGCAGAUAACAAAUGAAACCAACUUUUUGAAAUAAGAUACAGAAACAAAUCUAAAGCAUUACAUUGGAAGUUAUAUGAAAUAUACGCGAGCUUUAAACGCGUAAAAUAAUUUUGACGAUUAGUGUCAAAUUGUCUUUUAAACUGAAAUUCUGUAAAAUACUCUCGAACGAAAUUUAUUUCAGAAACAUGUGUAAUUCUAAAAUUUAGAAAUACUAUUUUAUUUUAAACAUUCGCGAACCAGAAAUAUCAGAAAUUACUACUUUCUUCUUUUCCAAACGUGUUAAAAUUAAACUACAGACGCUCAAUACAUUCUUUAACUUCUAACGAAAAUUUCAUUUGAAAUUACUUUGUAUACUGUUUUACGUGUGAUUGGAAUCGGUCUAAAUAAUGUUAUUCUGUAAAAAAUUGAACCAUUCACGAGAUAAAGUAAUCGGACAUUUUUAAAAUGAUUCAUAUUAUUGUUAUGAAUAUGUACUGUAAUGUAUAUUAUCAAAAAUUACAAAAAUGUUCAAUUAAAUUUAUCUCUUUUAUGAAUAACUAAUGGACGUUCGCCAUUCGAUGUAAAACGGAAUAACAAUGAAAAUUUAUUCACAUGACUAUAUUUUUUUAAGUAUUUUCCGUUGUAAUUUCAUUAACCUAGUUUUUACGUACAUACUAUUCAUGGAUAUUCAACGGUAUAAUUCGUCAGAAAAGUGAAUUAAACAAAAAAAAUUUUUUUUAACAUUAUUCUAUUAGUUAGCGAUAUGUCUUUAAAUUAUGCUUGCGUCUACCGUAAAUUAUUACACUUUAUAUUCCAAAACUACUUGCCAUGAAAAAUUCUAGUCUUUUUGAAACUAAUUAUUAUUUCUUUAAAACACAGUGGUUGUUUUUAGUUUAAUUAUAAAUGUAAUAGAAUUUUUCAUGUGAAGUCUUGAUUUUUCUCAAAAUGUUUUUCUACAAUGUAGUUAUUCAUGCAGAGUUUGAAAGAGGAAAUGUUAGUUCCGUUUUGGUCUUCUUUAUAUCUUUGAAAGAAUGUUUUUAUGUUAAAUCGAUAUUAGUACGUUUUUAUGUUAAGACAGAUAUACUACAGAAAAUACAUGUC